AUAAAAUGCAAAGAUUAAGCCAAGCUCUUCGGAGCACUAGAAUAAGUCAAGGAAUCGGGUUUGCCAGAAGAUUCACGUCAUCAGAAGCUUCAACAUCAGAAGAAAGCUCAUCUGCACCGCCUGUCAUGAGGCCAGACUUGAAUUUCGAAUUUUUACUGGAUGAGAAGAAUUUAGAAGCAAUUCGAGAGAACAUUUUAAAUCGAAAAGGAGUUGGCGAUAUUGACAAAGUGCACAAAAAAUGGGCCGUAAUUCAAAAAAUGAUGAAAUCCGGUGAAAAGCAGACAAAUGGAGCUGUCUCCGAGCAAAAAUAUAAGCAGCUGUGGGAUGAGCUCUACGAUGAGGCGAUUCUUAUACCGAAUAUGACACAGGACGGUGUGCCACGUGGCAGUGAAGAUCAGGCGAAAAUUGUGGCCGAAUGGGGUGAAAAACGAGAAGAUGAAUGUUUGACAGCGGAGAAAUUGGUCCAAACCUGGAGAUCACUGCUUCAUCCAACUGAUGCUUCAGGUCAACGCUCUUACGUAUUCCUCGGAGCCCUGGCAAGUCUGGAAAAAGCCCUUCUGGAUUAUGCUCACGAAAGAGUAUGUGCUCUAGGCUUUCGUCCAAUUACAGUACCCGAUAUAGUGUCUGGAGAGGUGACACAAGCCUGUGGAGUUAUGCAACGAAGUGAUCAUCCAAUUCAAUACACCUUAGCUGGAGAAGAAUCACACACAAAACUCUCAGGAACUGCUGAAAUGGGAAUCGCCGCGUUUUUACGGGGACGAACUUUCAACCAAGAUCAACUUCCGAUUCGAUUGGUCUCACUGAGUCGAUGCUUCCGAACUGAGAUCAGCAAGUCGGCGAGCGAGGCGAAGUUGUACAGAGUUCAUGAGUUCAGCAAGGUUGAGAUGUUCGUGGUGAGCACGCCGGAGCAAAGUGCGGCAGAGCUGGAUUAUUUGGUGGAGGUGCAGAAGGGAACAUUCCAGGCGUUGGGUGUUCAUUGCAGACAACUUGAAAUGCCAUCCGAAGAGCUUGGAGCCUCUGCCGCCCGGAAAUUCGACAUUGAAGCUUGGAUGCCGGGGCGAAAACUCUACGGAGAGGUUUCAUCGGCCAGUAAUUGCACGGAUUUCCAGUCUCGACGCCUCGGAAUCAAGUAUAAAACUGCUGAUGGAACGACGAAAUACGCUCAUACGUGUAAUGGAACCGCUCUUGCGUCGACUAGAGCUCUCAUUUCUGUGCUGGAAACUUUUCAGAAUGACAAAAAAGGACUCGGCGAGCUUCCAGAACCUCUUCGAAAACGUGUCAAGCAACGUGGAAGCCCACUUCGUUUCCAACCAGCGAAAUCACUUGUUUAGCGUAAUUUAAAUUUACAUUUACGUGUUUUUUUUAAUGAAAAAAUAAAUAGUUUAGAUAAAUAUUGAUUUUUU